AUGGACCGCGGCUCGUCCGCCUCCGACGAGGACGACGACCUCGAGACCUUCGUACCGCAGAACCACACCAAGCCCCCGUCCCCCUCCGCCCGCUCCCGCUCGCCGCCCUCCUCCUUCAGCGUCGCCGCGCUCCGCCCGGCGCUCCCCUCCUCCGCUGCCUCCCUCGGGCGCGUCCUCUGGUCCCGCCGCUACCUCGUGCUUUUCGUCUCCCUCCCACUCCUCUUCCUAAUCCUCUUCGUCUCCUUCGGGGGUGCGUCCUCCCUCCGCCUGCCGGCCUCCAUCCGCCUCCCCUCCGCCGCACCCGCCGCCGACCCCGCGGCCUCCCACAUGCGCGAGGCCGAGCUGCACGCGCUCUACCUCCUCCGCUCCCAGCGCUCCGGCCUCCUCAGCCUCUUCAAUCGCACCGCUGCCCCCACCAAAGGCUCUGCCCCCGCCCCCAUCUCGCUCUCCGAUCUCCAGUCCGCGCUCGAGAGCCAGAUCAAGAUCAACCGCGAGAUCCAAGCGGCGCUCCUCUCCUCGCACCGCUCCGGGUCCGGCAAUGCGACUGACGACGGCCUGGAUCUCGAUCUCCCCUUCGCCGGGUGCAGGAAGAGGGAAUUGCCGGCCAACCGGCGGACCAUUGAGUGGAACCCCAAGAAAGACCGGUUCCUCUUAGCCAUCUGCAUCUCUGGCCAAAUGUCCAACCACUUGAUUUGCUUGGAGAAGCACAUGUUCAUGGCAGCACUUCUUGGCCGUACCCUGGUGGUGCCCAGCCAGAAGAUGGAUUAUUCGUAUGAUCGGGUGCUUGAUAUCAACCACAUUAAUGACUGCAUUGGGAGGAAAGUUAUGAUCACCUAUGAGGAGUUUGUGGAGAAGAAGAAGAAAGUGGCCAUUGAUCAGUUCAUAUGCUACGCAGCCUCGCCUCCAUGUUUCCUUGAUGAGGACCAUAUUAAGAAGCUGAAAGGACUGGGGAUUUCUCUGGGCAAGAUUGAGGCAGCCUGGCCAGAGGAUGUGAAGCUGAAGGAGCCAAAGAAGAGAUUUGUUGGGGAUAUUACACCAAAGUUUUCGACAGAGGCUGAGGUCCUUGCCAUUGGCGACAUGUUCUAUGCUGAUGUGGAGGAUGAGUGGCUGAAUCAACCUGGUGGUCCAUUGGCUCACAAGUGCAAGACUUUGAUUCAACCAAGUAGGCUCAUACUGCUCACUGCUCAACGCUUCGUCCAGACUUUCUUGGGAGGAAACUAUAUUGCUUUGCAUUUUCGACGGCACGGAUUCCUUAAAUUCUGUAAUGUGAAGAAAGAGAGCUGCUUCUUCCCCAUCCCUCAGGCGGCAGAAUGCAUUCUGCGAAUCGUUGAGAAGGCUAAUGCACCUGUGAUAUAUUUAUCUACCGAUGCUGCUGAGAGCGAAACAAAUCUUCUGCAGUCCUUGGUUGUAUUCAACGACAGACAAGUCCCUCUUGUGAAGAGGCCAGAGCACGACAGCUCUGAGAAAUGGGAUGCCUUGCUACACCGAAACCACAUGGGCGGAGAUGUUCAGGUUGAUGCGAUGCUUGACAAGACGAUCUGUGCACUAUCAAACAUAUUCAUAGGAUCAUCAGGGUCCACCUUCACGGAGGACAUCUUCCAUCUGCGGAGGGGCUGGGGAUCGGCGUCGCACUGUGACGAGUACCUCUGCCAGGGUGAGCUGCCUAACUACAUAGCAGAGCUAGACUAA